CUCAGCUCCUAGCAACCGAAAGGCCUGCCUCCUACGCACGCGCGCCACCUGCUUCCGGUGCAGGUGCGGUGUUCCGGCCUUUCCCGCCCGGGUGGAAAACUGCUCUUGUGCCCUAGGCCUCGUGCUUUUCGCGUGCCAUGUCCACGGACUCGGGCCCCUCUCCCGAGGAGCCGCUCUUCCAGCUGCUCCCGGUAGACGCUAGGGACCGGGACACCCAGCGCUGCCGCCUCGGCCCGGCCGCCCUCCGCGCUCUGGGCGCACACUUGGGCUCGGCGCUGAAGAUCUCGCUGCCCGACGGCGGCUCCUGCCUCUGCACGGCCUGGCCUCGGCGGGACGGAGCGGAUGGCUUUGUGCAGCUGGACCUGCAGUGCGCGAGCCCCGGGGCGGCAAUAGGGCCGCCGGGGGUCCGGAGGACGCUCGGCCUGAGCUGCCUCCGCCCGGUGCCCUGUCCGCCCCUGCGCCGCCUCACCGUGUGGCCGGAGUUACGAGAGCCGGCGGGCGCGCUGGGCGCCCAGCCUGAAGCCGAGGUGCUGGAGGCCGCGCAGGAGCUGUUGAGGAACCGUCCCGUCUCCCUCGGCCACGUGGUGGCCGCUCCGCCGGGCGUCCCCGGCCCUGUGGCCGCCCUGCACAUCCUCAGCGGGACCCCCCGCCCGGAUCCGGCAGGCCUGGUGACCCCUCGCACCUGCAUCGGCCUCGGCCCGCAGCCCCCGUCCAGAGCAGAGCCCAAGGCUGAGGUGCCCCUCGGGGGCCUCUCGGAGGCGGCCGACUCGCUGCGGGAGCUCCUCCUGCUGCCGCUGCGCUACCCCAGGGCACUGGCGGCGCUGGGACUAGCCGUACCCCGCGGGGUGCUCCUCGCUGGCCCGCCCGGAGUGGGCAAGACGCAGCUGGUGCGUGCUGUGGCGCGGGAGGUGGGCGCCGAGCUGCUGGCCGUGAGUGCCCCGGCGCUGCAGGGCUCCCGGCCUGGGGAGACCGAAGAGAACGUCCGGCAGGUCUUCCAGCGCGCCCGGGCGCUGGCCCGCCGCGGGCCCAGCAUCCUCUUCCUGGACGAGGUGGACGCCCUGUGCCCCCGGCGAGGAGGUCCGCACCGAGCCCCCGAGAGCCGCGUGGUGGCCCAGGUGUUGACACUGCUGGACGGCAUCAGUGCAGACCACGAGGUGGUGGUAGUUGGAGCCACCAACCGGCCCGAUGCGCUGGAUCCAGCGCUGCGCAGACCCGGGAGAUUUGACCGAGAGAUUGUGAUUGGGACUCCCACUGUCCAGCAAAGGCAAGCGAUUCUGGAAGUGCUGACCUCGAAGAUGCCGGUCUCCAGGGAGAUGGAUUUAGGGCUCCUGGCAGAAAUGACAGUGGGCUAUGUGGGCGCCGACCUGACUGCACUCUGCAGGGAGGCUGCCCUGCACGCCAUCCUUCACAGUGAGAAGAACCAGAACAAUCCAAUGAUUGAUGAGGCCGACUUCCUUGAAGCUUUUAAGAAGAUUCAGCCCUCAUCAUUUCGAAGUGUUUUGGGACUGGUGGACGUCAAGCCUGUUGACUGGGAGCAUAUCGGAGGUCUUGAAGAUGUAAAACUGAAGUUAAGACAGAGCAUCGAGUGGCCUCUGAAAUUCCCUCGGGAAUUCGUUAGGAUGGGUCUGACACAACCAAAGGGAGUUCUCCUCUGUGGUCCUCCAGGCUGUGCAAAAACCACACUGGUGAGGGCCCUGGCCACCAGCUGUCACUGCUCUUUCGUUUCAGUGAGCGGAGCUGAUCUCUUUUCACCCUUUGUUGGAGAUUCAGAAAAAAUGUUGUCCCAGGUAUUUAGACAAGCAAGAGCAAAUACUCCAGCAAUUGUGUUUUUGGAUGAAAUUGAUUCAAUCUUGGGAUCUCGCUCACUCAGCAGAACAGGAUGUAAUGUUCAAGAGCGAGUUCUUUCUGUUCUCCUGAAUGAAUUAGAUGGUGUUGGACUUAAGACGAUAGAAAGAAGAGGAAGUAAAUCAAGUCAACAGGAGUCUCAAGAAGUUUUUAAUCGCCACGUGAUGAUUGUCGCAGCAACAAAUAGACCUGAGAUGUUAGAUGAUGCUUUAUUACGCCCUGGAAGAUUCGAUAAGAUCAUCUACAUUCCACCUCCAGAUCAAAAGGGCAGACUUUCUAUUUUAGAAAUCUGUACAAAAACCAUGCCAAUAGGGCCUGAUGUUUCCUUGGAACACCUGGCAGCAGAAACCUGCUUUUUCUCUGGAGCUGACCUCAGAAACCUCUGCAAAGAAGCUGCCCUACUCGCUCUCCAAGAAGAUGGACUGCAAGCAAGCAUAGUGAGACACGACCAUUUUCUACAGUCGCUGAAGGUCGUAAAACCGUCUUUAAGCCACGAGGACCUGACUUUAUAUGAAAACUUAAUUAAGAAAGAGUUCUAGUUUAGAAGAUAUUUAAGAAUAACUUUACAUCCUUGUUGGGUUGUUUGCAUUUAUGAAAUGGGACCUUGCCUACGUUUUGUGACUUUACACGUUAUGAGAGUGUAUAUGUGCCUUGUAAAUAAAACAAACCUUGUGUA